AUGGCUCCGUUGGUCGGAAACCUCUCGGACGUAAACUCGGUCAACCAUGGCGAUGCCAAUGUCCAGUGCACGCCCGCAACGCCGUGGUCGAUCUUCCUGUUCUUCGCCUCCAACUACCUGGCCCACUGCGCCACCGUGAAGAUGUACCCUGGGUCGCCCGCUUCGCUCACGAUCUUUGCUACCGGCUUGGCGCUGUUCUUCCCUUCCUCGGGCAUUAUCAGGGCGCUGUUCUCUAUCAAGCGCCAUGCCCGCUUCAGGCGGAACAGGAAUCCGCUGGAGCGCGCGGCCGCGGCGGGUGCUCUUCGCAUGGUAGUCCGAAACGAGGAUUGGGAACCCCGCGAGGGCGACCAGGUCAGGCCGCUACUUAACAAGCGGGGGGAGAUGCUGUUAGCAGACGGUACACCCUUGCCAAAGCUUGCAGCAGACGGACCGGGCGAGGAGGCCCCGGUGGCAGGAUCGCCGCAACGUCUCUCGCCAGGCACACCCGCCAUCAGUGGCAUUUUGGCCGAAGAGGACGAUCCCGUGUCUGAGGAGAGCGAUGAUGCCAAACCUUUCUCGUUCGCCUCUUUCACGGAAAGCACCAUCCAGAAAUUCCACGGCUUGUCGUUGCUUCCUCCGGGCUAUUCGUGGCGUGACGUGCCCCCCGAUGCCAAAAUCUCGUGGGAACAGCCAGCACGAGAGGAACCCGGGUCCCAGACAGGAGGGGCCCCCGACGUCAGCUCAAACUACAACUGGAUCCAGUCGCUGAUUGCCAUCUUUCAGGCGGGGAGCGCUGCCUUGACUCUGUACCGAUCCCGGGGAGAUCAGAUCCAGCGCUACGGGUACGCCGCCUUCGGCUUGACCGUAGUGCCCUACCUCGUCAUGAGCAUCGUCAACCUCAUGGCGAGCAUUGCGACGGCCGACUACCCCACCGUCUACAUGGUCGGCAGCGCGGAGAUGGAUGAAGCCCGGCGCCGCGGUGGCGUCUUUGAUGGGGUGGUUGGACGCCUGGAAUCAGACAUCGAAACCAGCAACGCUGAUGCUCCAUUGUACGAACUCAAGUACAAGCACCUCGACCCAGCGACGCCAAAGGAGUUCGUGAAGGUCCUGGAGCGAGUGUCCGGAAGUGGCGCCUACCCGCCCUCCAUCAACAUAUCAUCCAGCAGUUAUGCGAACGAGGCCGGCAUGCUCUCCGUGGCAGCUUACACACCGCUCGCUCCGCAUUCUCGACCACUACCCAGGACGCGGAGUAUCCUCAGUAACCGGCUGGUGCAGGAAUUCAUCAUACCGACUCUGCUAAGCAGUCUCUCGCUCGUUGUGGUUGGCGCCCUGACCCGGUUCAACGCGGGAGCAAGCACCGUGGCACAGCGCGGGUUGACCAUGAGCUGGCUGAUCAUUGGCAUUGUUUUCGGCUGGUGGGCCGACAUGAAUGCUGGUCUAUUUUUUAUCGUGUCCCUGGGCUUCUUGAUCGUUCCUGCGGUCGGAGGGUUCAUCGUGGUGGCGGAAAUGCUCCGGGAGUACGGCAUUUGCGAUUCUGCAUGA